UUCUGAUAUUCUCGUUGUUCUCAGUCGGUACUAUUUUUUUCUAAUUUAUUUCCGAAUCGUAUUCCUAUUCGUGGACUCUACUAUUGUCGCGUCGUUUUUCUUUUUUUGGGAAUGUUUUUUUUUCAUCUAUGUUGGCCUGUUGAAGUAGUAUCAGUAUGGUUUUUGAUCGAGACUCAUCUUUUUCAUUUGUUGGAGAUCGCCCACGGGGGUGGCGGAAGUGUAAAUUUGUCUUGCACUUUCUGUCCAACAUUCUUCCACCCAGGACCGAAACGCCGACGUGUGACAUAGUUUCUAUUGCUGCAUAGUUCCAGAAGAUCGCUCGCGCUAGUCGUAGUUACGGCCUUUUCGUUUGUCUCUAGUUGAUUUUUAAUAUUUUUGCCUCUGACGACGGAAAGUGAAAACAGAAAACAAAAAAAUGACAGUAACGCAACCGGCUGCGCCGACGCUUCUCGAGGAGCAUCGAGGCGAAGAAGCAACGACAACUACAAAGUCGUCUUCCAAGAGCAGCACGACAACUACCUCUACCUCCAUCCAGCGCAGUCGCGGGACCACCCCCACCACGUCGAAAAAGCAGAAGCAGAGCAGCUCCAAGUCACCGGCGAGUAGUUGUUCCACAUCAACCAGUAAACGUCGUUGUGGUGACAAGUCCUCUAGUAGCAAGCAGACCAGAGUACUAGAUCAACAGCAACAUGCGUCAUCUCCAAGAACUACUACCAUGGGAACAAAGCAAAAUGAACAGAACCAAGAACUCGACGAGGAACCUCUGCCGCGCGGGGCUUCUCGUGAUGCGGACGGGAGAGUCGUCGGAGAAGCCAUCGACAUGAAGGAGUGGGGCCCGCUGUACGAAAAUUUCAUGCAGGAACGCGAUAGCUGGGAAAAAUACUUCGUUGUGUUUGAUUUCCUUUUCAUCUACGUGUUCACCGGCGGAUUUUUCGUCUACCUGGUGACCCAGUGGGAAGCUAACGCAUUGUACCCCGGAGCGGAAUCCUGGGUUCACGUGAUUGCCGCCCGCCUGCUGCUCGCGCUGGCGUUGCAGCCCUUCGCGUUCGUCAUCGUCCACCUGUACCUGCACAUGGUGAUGCUCGAAUCCUGGCAAGCGGACCACACCAUCGGGUUCCCCUGGGCCUUCUUUCACCACUACGUGGACCCCCGCAUGUAUGGAAGUGUCAGAAUGGAAAUCCUCAAAGGGAAAAUAAUUUUUAAUGCAAAAAAACGAUUCCAGUUGUUUGAAGCGCCAUUCCCAUUUCUCAUCGGCGCAUGACAGAUUUCCCGGGCACUCAAACAACAUGUCUGUCAUGCUAAUUAGGGCAAAGGUGUGCCCUUCUCUCGUGCUAAUCAGCAGCCCAAUUCUGAACCCGUAGAAGCACAAGAGUCAGUCUCCAUUGCGUCCUCUGCAAUACAGUCUUUUUGGUGUCGCAUUUCAUGCAUCACAAAUUAUUUCCACUUUGAGAAUUUCCAUUCUGACACUUGUUCCAUAGCAUGUACUCCCGCACGCCGCACGUGUACCGUGUGGUCAUCCACCAGCCGACCAUGCUGUGGGCGCUGAACAUGCUGAUCUUCGUCAAUUAUGCAUUGCAAAUAUGUCUGGGUCUGGAAGGAUGCAACUUGUCAUGGUGUUUUUGGAUUCUAAAGAAAUUUGUAUUCUUGCAUGACCAGCAAGAGGGCUCCAGUUUGUGCUACGCGGACAGGGCAUUCCUCAUGCGGAAGGCGCAUCAGAAAGCCCUCUAAAAGUAGUCUGCGGUGCUGGGUCAUGCAUUACAGGCAUCAUGUGUCAUGAGAAAUAUGCAUGACAAAUCUUGCAUUCUUCCAGACCCAGACAUCUUUGCAUUUCAUAUCAACUGCUGGGACCCGAUGUUCGCGCUGAUCUGGAACGUCGUCGUGUGGAUGGACGUAUCCUGUGCAAAAGCAUCGUACUCGUCUUGCAGUCAUGCAUUACAAAUCUUUUUCUUAAGGUAAAUCCGCAGUACAAAUUUCAAUUCUCAUGCUGGGGAAAUUUGUAAUGCCUGCAUACGAGUGCGAUACUUUUGCAAUGCAUAGGACGUGCGGGUGCACGAGUGGUACCACACCAACACCCUCGCCUUCACCUCCUGGAACCCGUGGAGCGCCCGGUUUGUCGGCGCCAAGUGGUUCUACCAGACACUGGAACUCUUCGGCUUCGCGGACCGCAAGAAGCACAAGGAGGAGCACCACGCCGACCGAAUCGAAACGAUUCACUACUUAUCAAAUGCAAAUAUGUCUGGGUCUGGAAGUGGAAGAAUGCAAGUUUGUCAUGCGUGUCUGGCAUGACUCAUAAAUCUGUGAUGCAGGAUCAGGAAAAGGGCCUCUUGUCUGUCAUGCAGAAACGCAGUUUGCCAUGCGGAAAAGGAAACACAAGAGCAGCUCAAAAAUUUGUCAUGCUUGACUGCGUAUUGCAGUGCGCCCACCACUCAUAUUUUAGCAUCACAAAUUUCCAGACCCAGACAUUUUUGCACUUGAUACUACUCCUUCGACUGGGUCGACUUCCGCUUCCCGGUAACCGGUUACCUCGCGGACAAGUGGGCCGACGCGGGCUGGGCGCUGUACCUGCGGUUUUUGAAGAAGUUGCGCGGCACCUACUACCCGGUGCGAAUCGAGGGUCUGACCCUGAAAGACGCCGACGCGCACCGCAAGGGGUUGCUCUAUGCCUACAUGAUGCCCAUGCACUGCCUUCUGAUGUGGUCCGCCAAGCUUGCGAUCUUGUACUUGAUUCCAAUUUAUCAACUGCAAAAAUGUCUGGGUCUGGAAACUUGUGAUGCUGGGUGGCGUAUCAUGAGGAGACCACAAGUGCUGGCUCAGCAUGACAAGUUUGUGAGCUUCUAGGUGUUGCCUAUUCUGCAUGACAAACUGCGUUUCUGCAUGACAGCAAAAUGGGGGUCUUGGGUAAUUUGCAUGACAGAUUUCAGAGUCACUUCGGUUUCAUCGGCGUCGUCCGAUCUUGUUUGUAUUUUGACCGAUGUUUCUGGCAUUUUGUAUGCAGAGGCUCUUGCCUUUUGGGAAUGAAAACUAGGCACGUGCGCCUGUUCUUGCACGCCAUGAUCAAAUCGCUCUUGUAUGAUUAGCAUUGUUGUGCCACUUCUUAGGGUGGCAAGGGAAAAAAGAAUAGAGACGGUACAGGCAGAAGUGGUUUGACCGGUCUAGUUUUACUACGCGCGCUACUUAUUUAUAUACUAGUUACUCUUUAGUUUUUUCCUAGGGGUUUUUCGCACUCAUGUUUCCAUCCUGGUUCUCGAAUUGGUUGCAACGUGGCCCUCUCUUGUCAUGCGGUUUCUCGGUUUGGUCAUGCUCUCCUCUGGUCUCGUAGCACAUUAUCCUGGUCGUCAUAGUUUGUCAUGCAUGUCAUACCGACCUCGAGGUUUACCUGGCCAUUUGCAUGUUAGUCCUUGGACUUGGAUGUUGGUGCUACGAUCGCAACUCCUCUUCAAGACUUUUUCCUGUCUUGCUAGAAUUCGAGCUACCAGCUUCUAGGAUGGUUUUUUGAUGUAGAUGGGGCUGUGUCAUAGUGUUUCGCUUCACUCCUUUUUUACUUUUUAUUUUGGUUCCCUCGGUGCUAGGAUACGAAAUUUGCACAGUGCUAUUUCUACCUAGAUAUCAACAAAACUCACGUCCCAGCCGUCCCAGGAGUUUCUGUUGCUGUCUCUCGAUAGAAAUCGCGCUGUUCAAGUUUGUACCUUAGAGUUUACCGAGUACGCGGCUUAAGUUUGUAGUCUUGAUUUUAAACAGGGACGCCCUGCCCUUAGUCUCCCAACAUGACAGAUUUCAGAGUCAUGUGAAACAAGCAUGACAAACUUGCAUUCUUCCAGACCCAGACAUAUUUGCGUUUGAUACAAUUUCCUGCGGCGGCGUGCCAGCGAAUCUGGAGGACUACCACUUCGACCUGUUCAAGGACGGCUACGAGGUUAUCAACUGCAAAUAUGUCUGGGUCUGGAGGAAUGCGAACUUGUGAUGCGCAUUUCACAACACAUAAAAAUCUCUCAUGCAUAGGCAGCAAAAGCUGCCCACUUUCUGUCACCAAAAUGUGGCAUUGCGGAAUUCGGCAUUGCGGAAGCUUCUCGAAAUCUGUGAUGCUACAGCUUCCAUGCCAGACCUUACGCGUCAUGCAAAAGCAGCAUGACUCUUCCCGACCCAGACAUUUUUGCAUUUGAUAGAGGUGGAUGUCGACUGGCUUGCGUCGUUUCUGGGCUUCCGGUUUGCGGGGUCCCCGUGGUGCAAAUCGGCGCCGUACUUCACGGGUGUGUUGCUGUUCCAGCCCUUCUACAUGCCGUUUUUUCGCUUGUUCGUCGUCUUCUGGAAAACGGUGCUCCGGCUCGGUCCGGUGACCUUGAAGCUCGACACCGAUGCCGGAAUCUUUCUGAAGGAGCGGCACAUGAAGAAGGAGCUGUAACAAGUAAGGGCGGUGCGGUAAGAUGGAAAAUUCGUCCUCUAGACUUUUUCAAAAAGUAAAAAAGCAGUGCAAGUAAAUAUGAGUACGAAGUGCCAGAAUUACGCUGAGACCAGACCCUUCAUCUUGAUUUUUGAAACAAAAGCUUUGCCGUUUGGAUAAGAGUUCAUCAUUUUUGUUUCAAGUUUUGAGUGUUUUCUCACCAUAGGAAUGAGUAAGUGAGUCUAGAAAAAUGUACAGCAACAGCAAGCUAUAGUAGCGACAUACAAGAAACUAAGAGUAUACCAUGUCCAUGCAAAAAGGAAAACAUUGCGCAUUGAUGGAAGAAAAAGUAAAACUCAAUGGAAUAGAAAACUGGCAUUGGCACGACACAUUUUCCUGUAGUACUUGGGAAACGUUUUUUAUCUAUUGUACACACGACAAGUAAGAGCUAGCACAUGACCAACAACAGGUACCUACGAAAAAGAAGUAAAACAGUAAACAACAAAUUUUGCGAAAGAACCAAAUGUAAAGAAGCCGUUGGCAACAUGGAAAUAGAAAGAAAAAGAUGAAUAAUGAAAAACAG